AUGGCGGACACGGUACCUCCGCUAUUUCCUUUCUUUCAUUCUUUUCUUUUUUAUUCUUUUAUUCCUUUCGUUUCAUAUUUUCUUUUCUUUUCCUUUUUUCCUUCUUUUGUUUACCUUUGUUCUCUUCCGUCUUUUUAUCUUUUUUUCCUUCCUUUGCCUUUUUUCCGUUCAUUACUUCGCCCUUUUCUUUAUUUCCACUCUUCUUUUUUCUUUCUUUCUUUCUUUCUUUCUUUCUUUCUUUCUUUCUUCAGUUCUUUUCUAUACAUCUUUUCUCAUUCCCUUUUAUUUAAUGCUUUUUCCUUUCGUCUUUCCUCGUUUAUAUUGUUUUUUUUUUUCUUUUCCCUUUCAUUCUUAAUUACUUCUUAUUGCCUUUUGCCUUUCUCUUUAAUUCUUUUAUUUCGUUUUUCUUCUGUGUAUGCUUCUUUCAUUCUUUUUUCGUCUUUUUCUCUUCUUUCUAUUUUUCUUUUUCCCUUUACUUUCGUUCUUUUUUAUUCCUUUCAUUUUUCUUCUUUUUCUUUUUUCAUUAUUUCUCAAUUACUUCUUUUUCUUUCUUUUUUGAUGUUUUUCUUUCUUUUCUUUCUUCUUUAUAUUCAUUUAUUGCCUUUUAAAAAUCUUUUUCAUUUUUACUUUAUACUUUACAUCUUUUAUUACCUUUACAUUCAUUCAUUUUUUUCAUUCAUUUUUUCAUUCAUUUUUUUCAUUCAUUUUUUUUCAUUCUUUUUUCAUUCAUUUUUUCAUUCAUUUUUUCAUUCUUUUUUUUCAUUCAUUUUUUUCAUUCAUUUUUUUCUUAUAUUUUCAGUUUUACUUUCAUUUAUUUACGUUCUUCCUUUUCAUUUUUUCAAUUGUAUCCUUUUCUUCUUUUUCAUCUUCUUUCCGCCCUUUUUUUCUCUUUUCGUUUUCUUCUUCAUUUCGUGUUUUCCCUCUUCCUUUCUUUUUUGUUUCUUUUCUACUUAUUUCCGUUUUUUUUCGCUCCUUCCCUUUUGCCUAUCUCUUUUUCUUCACUUGUUUUCUUUCUUCUCCUUCCUUGUUUUUACUUUUUACUUCUCGCCUUCAUUCUUUUUCGUUCUCUUUGCUUUCAACUUUAUUUUCUAUUUAUUUCCUUUUACUUUCUUUCUUUCUCCUUUAUUUCCACUUUUUCUUUUGCUUCUCUAUCGUUUCUCUUACUCUCUAUUUAAUUCUCUCCCUUCUCUUUUCUCCCUCUGCUUUUAUGUCUUUAUCUUUAUCUAUCUAUCUAUCUAUCUAUCUAUCUAUCUAUAUUGA